GACGCAGGAUAGACGGGAAAACUGCGCCGAACCUCGUCGAAGGAAAGAUUGGAUAGGGGUGAUGCAAUAAGACAAAUUCUGGAAACCCAAAUGUAAAUCACGGAACCUCCGUUCCGUAGAAAAGAGACCGAAGCACAGCCUGUUUGGUCAGUGAACGUGGAUGCCAGACUCACAUGUUAUCUAUUUUACGCAGCCACUCACUAAUGUUUUGUUGGAUACGGCUCGAAUUUGGACAAUUGGAGGUAGGCGAAGCUUAGAUAUUCGUGUUGACUGUGUGUUUCUCAUCGUGACCGAUAAUCCUUCUUCGAGUCAAUUGAAGAGGUCUGAACCUUGAAGGGGAUACAUGCCAAUCCAUCUAUAGAUUUGGAAAUAAAAUAAUUUUAUGGAAAUACCUAUUUUAACGACGUAACUUGUUUUUUUUCUUCUGCGACUCAGGUUUGAUACAUUUCCCACUGAUCCUUCGAUUCAAAUGUCAAAAUAGUGUUUUAGGCUAUUGGUAGGCGAAUUCAUACAUCUGCAUCAGAAAGGAGGAUUCGCCAUACACCUUUUCGUAGCCAAACAUUUUCAACAUGAAUUACCUGCGUCGUCGGCUGUCGGACAGCAAUUUUAUGUCCAAUUUGCCCAAUGGGUACAUGACUGAUCUACAACGCCCUGACCUGCCGCAGCAAGACCCUGCAGUAGUGUCGCCUGGACCACCGGAGAGGCGUCUGUCUACCAACCAGCAGUCGGAGGGCACUGGUAGCGGAGCCGGAGCUGGAUUUUUAUCUUCCUUUACUAAAGCUGUCAAACAAACCACUGCUGCUGUUGCUGAGAAAGUCACCGAGGUAGCAGACAAAGCAGGCGUUGCCUCUGGUGCCAAGAUACUCCUGGUAAUUGAUGACCAACAAACAGACUGGGUAAAGGUCUUCAAAGGUAAAAAGGUUCAUGGUGAAUUCGACAUUAAGGUGGAACAGGCUGACUUCUCUGACAUCAACCUAAUAGCGCAUGCUACAGGGGGCUAUAGUGUUGAUAUCGAAGCAAUCCGGAAUGGAACCAAGGUCACCAAGUGUUUCAGGCCAGACUUUGUGCUGGUUAGGCAGCAUGCCUUCAGUAUGGCCAAGAAUGGAGACCACCGACACAUAGUGAUUGGGUUACAGUAUGCUGGUCUCGCGGGUGUAAACUCUCUACACUCUGUCUACAACUUCUGUGACAAACCAUGGGUGUUUGCUAAUAUGGUGAGAUUGUACAAGCAACUUGGACCAGAGGAAUUCCCACUGAUCGAGCAGGUUUACUAUCCCAACCACAGAGAAAUGAUUACCACUCCUGGUUUCCCUGUGGUGGUGAAAAUGGGCCACGCCCACUCAGGGAUAGGGAAGGUGAAAGUGGACAAUCAAUAUGACUUCCAAGAUAUUGCCAGUGUUGUUGCCCUGACCAAGACCUAUGCCACAUCUGAACCUUUCAUCGAUGCAAAGUAUGAUGUUCGCAUCCAGAAGAUUGGAGACAAUUACAAGGCCUACAUGCGCACAUCAAUUUCAGGGAACUGGAAAACCAACACUGGUUCAGCUAUGCUGGAACAGAUAGCCAUGUCAGACAGGUAUCGGAUGUGGGUGGACUCCUGCUCUGAGGUGUUUGGCGGUUUGGAUAUGUGCGCUGUGGAGGCUCUGCAUGGAAAAGAUGGCAAGGAUUACAUUAUAGAGGUGGUGGGUUGCUCCAUGCCUCUGAUUGGAGACCAGCAGGGUGAAGAUCGUGCUCAAAUUGCAGACCUGGUCAUCUCCAAAAUGAACCAGACAGUCCCUCGCACUGCAAGUCCCUCUCCUGUCCGUCCCACAGCUGCACAGCCUGUACAGAAAGUUACAUCCUCUCAGCCUAUCUCACAACCCAAAGUGCCACAGGCUCAGCAACGCCCUUCUCCACAAGGUGGCCCACAACAGACACCAACCGGCACUGCCACCCCUCGCCAAGGAUCCCCCUCCCAGCAGCGCCCCUCUCCCCAAGGCCAGCCCCCUUCCCCAGGCCCCAACACCCAGAACCCCCCUGCCCAGACAUCACAGAAAGGAACCAACCCAGGAGCUGGGGCCCAGCAGCGUCCCCCAGGUCAGGGGCAGAAACCCCCCUCUGGUCAGGGAUCCCCCCAGCGAUCCAUGAGCCAGGGGGGCUCCCCUCAAAACCAGAGGCCACAGCAGUCAGGUCCCCAGCUGCAGCAGAGCCCCCCUCUUGGAGGCAUGGGCCAGAAGUCCACAGGGGCCCAGCCCCAGCAGAGGCCCCAGCAGAAGCCAGGUCAGCCUGCCAGGCAGCAGUCCCAGGGAGGAGGCCAGGGCCCCCAGCAGCAGAGAGCUCCAGCCCAGCAAGGUCGCCCUGGGGCCCCCACCACUCAGCAGCCCCGCCUUAGUGCCCAGGGCCAGGGAGGCCCGGGAGGGAAACCUCCUCUGCAGCAGAAGCCCCAACCCCCACAGAAGCCCAACCAGGACCCUCCUGCUAUGGGAGCCAUCCCUCCACUGAACAAAUCCCAGUCUCUUACCAAUGCCUUCAACAUUCCAGAAACUCCAACGCCACGGGCCAGCCUUAGCCAGGAUGAGGUGAAGGCUGAGACCAUACGCAACCUACGCAAGUCUUUUGCUAGUCUCUUCUCAGACUGAGAGAUGGAGUAAGCCCCCUCCUACGCCGACAGACAGACUGAAAGGCAGUCCCUCCCCAACACACAAUGGACCAAUAGAACUAACACCUCCCUAUCAUGGAUAUUGAUGUACAUUGAUGUGAAAAUGCACAUAUAAAACAUCUACUGCCUAUACAGACAUAGGAUCUUAAUUUGACCAGUAUUGUUGUAGCAAAAUUAUCCUGCAGCAAAAGGAUUUUAACAUUAAAUCCAUAAUAUUGCUUGAUCGAUGGUUAAGCUGGCCAAAAUUAGGCUAUGUGAAAAGUGCAAUACUGUUAAUAUAACCCAAGCUGUAUCACAACCGGCCGUGAUUAGGAGUCCCAUGGGGCGGCGCACAAUUGGCCCAGCGUCAUCCAAGUUUGGCCGGUGUAGGCCGUCAUUGUAAAUAAGAAUUUGUUCUUAACUGACAUGCCUAGUUAAAUAAAGGUUAAAUAAAUGUCAAAUAUUAAAAACCGUGUGUUAGUGUGGGUUUUCAGUGCAUUUAUGUAAAUCACAAAGCUCAUCUGCAUUUCCUGUGGUGCAGGAAAAUUCUCCACAACAAAAGAGUGAUCAAAUUAAGAUCCUACAUCUGUACAUUUGAAGACCACACAUAGAAUAUAAUAUAGAUAUCCCACUGGACAGAAACUGGUCAAAUCAUGUUUCCACUUUAUUUCAACCAGAAAAAUCUACGAGAUGACGUUGAAUCAAUGUGGAAAACUGAUUGGAUUUGCAAAGUCAUCAAUGUAAGGGCAUUUUGUCUUUUUUCACCCAACUUUUAACUUAAAUCCAAUUACAUGUAUUUUUUUUUUAAACUCGACCAAAUGAAAAUCAAAACUAGAUGUGCCCAGUGGGAGGUUUGUUGCUCUCAGUCUGAAACAUUCCCCAUCACCUUCACAUUCCAAAUGAUUCCUACAAACACACACACAUACAGUACACAUUCACUUCUCUUGUUGUUGCACGUGUGUUUAAAUUUCAGAUAAAAGUAAGGGAGAUAUUUACUUGGUCACGAUUUGAUCAUUUGAAAUUGUUUUUAUGCUAGUAUACUGGAAACAAUACACUGGUAAUCGUCAUGAUAGUGUUCACAGUUUUCUGUUACUGUCAGAUCAUAGUGACACAUUUGACCAAGUUUUGGUUGACUCUGAAAUGAACCAUCGCUAAAUUAAACUUCUCGGCACAGUGUUGUUCACACUACAGUAGGUCAGUUCAGUGUUACAGUAAAGCAACACCACAGCUGUUUGAGUUGCUCAUUCAUUCUAAAUUAUGUUUUUUUUUAGAUGCAUGUCAAUAAAGGAGAUAAGGUUGCAAUUUCAAUCACUCACAUCGCCGCUUGUAACCGUGUUGUCACAUGUAAUUAGCUAGCGUAAUUAGCAUAACAAAAGUAUGUGUUGUUUUUGUGAGAAUGCCGUUGCUGCCUCCCUCUCCCUUCUUCUGUUAGAUUAAGACAAAAUCUCAAUAGCUCUCAAUUUAGAAAACAUGCCUUACACAGGCACAAAGUUCAGUCAGAUAGUAUUGUCUCAGGGAUGUCCUGGUAAGUGACACACUGGUGUCAGGGGUCAGGUCUUCCAAACGUUGCACUGAAAUGAGGAUGAUGAGCACUGCAAAUGAAAGCAUGUGUGUUUAUUGAGGUAGAAUGUAUUUGUUCUUUCAAAUGUAUUUGCACAUGAAAUAUAACAAAAUCAUACUUGAAGACAUGAGUCAAGCGAUAUUUUUGAGAUUUGAAUGUCAGAUUGUAGAGACACAGCCAUCUCAGUGCUCUAUUUUACCUGCCAUCACAAGGGCCUGGGAUGCUGCUGUUUCUGUGAGUGGAGAGUUUGGGUGCCUAUCCUGUCUGUCCCCUGGCUCCCAGCAGGGUCACAGCUUGUGAGCAAGGGACCUAGUCCAAGUAAAUGCUCAGCCAAGGAAUGUACCAUGGGUCAUGUAGGCAGUGUAAAAUAAAUAUACUGGUAUGUCCCCUGUGGGAUAUACAGUACCACUGCAGUAUACUUCUGUUUGAUUUUCUACAUGUAAUACUUUCUCCUCAAAACAUUAAUGACUCCUUUGAUCAUUGGUCAGAAAACAAUCCCUAGAUAUUCCCUGAGCCCAAAGCUGAAACCUUCUGUUUCUAGGGCACUGAAUAUGUCUUCCAAAAAGAGUGUGUUCCAGGCAAUCUGUUUUUUGGAGCUAAUUCGGAAAAGUCCCAAUCUCCCUGCAGAACCCCUCUGCUUCCUCUACGCAUCGACCCUUAGUGUAUCCACAGUGAACCCUUGUGAUAAGUGGUGCAUAAACGUGUAAAUGUUGUUUUGUAAAACCAAAUAGAAGUGUUGUACAGAUCGUGACCUAUGAAUGAUGCAGAUUUGUCACGUUUGUCACGCUUGUGCUUGUUGAUAUUUUGUGCAAUGAAUACUUGUGGAUUUUGGUUUUGGAUUUUUGGCAUUUAUAUCAUUUGUAAGCCCUUUUUCAGUACUGGCAUUCACUAUCAUGAAUUAUGCAUUAUUUCUACUUUUUGAAAAAUCUUUUUUUAUCUUAGUUUCUCUUGUAUUCAGGAUUAAAUGUCUCCGUUUGAAAAUGUAUAUUACACAUCUUAUCAUGGGACUCAAUGGAAAUCAUAACUCAGCAAACAGAAUUGUCAGGGUAUACCAUUGAAUGAAUGGAUCAGAGAAGCCUCAAAUGAUACCUGCUACAAAAAAAUGACUUGUCUGGAUGAACACGUGAUUGGUAUACAUCUGUAUUGUUUUACUCGGCUCUCUGCUACUGCCUGUCACAGAGAACAUCCAUCAGAGAACAUCUUAGCUGUGUUUGGAGUUCAAAUCCUCCAGUGGAUUAUACAUUGGAGUGUCAUCAUAAUUGAAUCAAUCUAUAUGAAUAUUGUUUGUUGAUAUUCAUAGACAUGGGUUGAAAUGUUUAUUUUGUUUACAUUCUUUUGAUGGAUAGAUUUGAAUGUAUGUUUACAAUUUGUAUGCCUUUUUUCUUUGCUUAAGUAGUUUUCCUAAAUGCAGAUGUAAUUAUUUUUUAUUUUGUUAUCUGCACUAUGAAUUUCUGUGAAAUUGAUGGUCAAUAUUGAUGCCUGCCAGAUGUAUAAAACAAGAAAUCUAUAUGUAUCUAAAAUAGACAAAAAUGAUAAAUAUUACAUAUAUUUAUAUACAUAUAAAUCAUUGUGGAGUAUUCAAAUAAAUGUAUAAAAGUAUAUGUGAUGUUAUUUUGAUGUUAUUUGCAAUGUACCUUCAUAAUUAUGCUAUCAACAUGUGCACAUAUUCAAUAAAGUU